AUGGCUGACGCAGACUGGGAUUCCGUCACCCGCAUUGGCAGCAAAGCCCGGGGUCCCGGCGCGGGUGGUGUCGACCGCGAGCGUGUGGUCAAGGGCAAAUCAGCUCUCAAUGCCGCAGCUCGCUCAGGUGCAAUCAUUGGAACCGAGAAGAAAUUCGCAUCUUCCAACACGAAAAGCAACGUCGAAGGCCAGCAUCUGACAAAAGUCGAUCGCGAAGAUGACAUCGUCAAGCCCAAGUACGUUUCGAAAGAGAUUGGCAAACUCAUCAGCCAGAAGCGACAAGAGAUGACUCCGAAGCUGUCACAAUCCGACCUCGCCAAAAAGAUCGGAGAGGAUGCCAAAACCAUCCAGGGCUUCGAGAACGGAACUGCCGCUCCCAACCAGAAGGUGUUUGACAAGCUCGAGAAGGCCCUGAACGUCAAGUUAAGAGGUACCGACAUUGGAGCGCCCAAAUUCGCACCCAAGAAGAAAUGA